AUCCCACAUCGUCAACUCUCACCUUUCUCAAUUCCAGUGACGACGCCCCGCCGAGGCCUAAGUGUCGUCAUCUGGUCCGCUCGCCCAGACCACCGCCGCCCGCUUGCGUCCGGCGUGCUUCUUAAGCAGCCAAUCUCCCCGCCUGUUCCGGUUCUCUUGUCCACUUAUCUCCGCCGCUCUUUCUUCCUGCUCCGUCGGGCCAUGUCUUAUCACCGAUCCGGUCAUUGAGAGUUUUUAUUACAGUCUACCAGGAUAUUAAUCCCCCCAUCGUCCUGCUGCUCCGGUGGUCGUCCGCCAUCCUCCAUCCUCAUGCCGCUCACCAUCCUCUCCCAAGCGCAACUCCGCUCUCUCCUGCUGUCGCUCUCGCGCGAUCAGAUCCUCGAGCUUCAGCAGAACCUGUCCGAUGCUCUCCGCGACUAUUCCACGGGCAGCCAGGAAAAGGGCUGCGCUGCUGCCUACCAGCCUACCCGCACCGCCAUCACCCGCCAGAAUGGCUGCACGACCUUGUUCAUGCCGGCCAGCACCGGCCACACCCUGGGCAUGAAGAUGAUCUCGCUGCAAGAUAAUGGUCAGGCCGGCUGCUCAGUCGAUCCCUCCUUGGACCUGCCUGCCGUCUCCCCCGCCACCUCCUCCGUCCGAAUGAAUCAGAGAAAAUCCAUGUCGUCGAUCUCCUCGGAAGGCAGCGAACAAUCCGUGUCCUCCCACGAGGAUGCCGAGACCGGCUCUUCCUCCCCUUCUUCCAGCAGCAAAUCCCUCGCUCCCGGCUGCGUGAACCAGCAACCUAUCGACACUGGCUUGUCGAAUACCAUGGGGGCCUGGCCUGGCGCUGGCAGCCGCGAUACCUCCCCACAGGGCAGUGUGACCCUGCUCGAUGAGACGAGCAUGCCGUUCGGUCUGAUCAACGCCCACGAGCUCACUCCCUUCCGCACCGCCCUAACCUCCACCAUGACCCUCAACAAACGCAAGCGAGUCCGCACUGUGGUGGUCUUUGGCGCCGGGAAGCAAGCGUACUGGCACAUCCGGCUGGCCUUGAUUCUGCGGGGGGAAGGCAUCAAGCGGGUGUACAUUAUCAACCGAUCCUUUGACCGCGCGGCCGAGCUGCUGCGUGAUAUCUACUCGCCUGAGAACGCCAGCUGGCGCGGAGACGUCAAGUUCUCCGCCGUCAGCACCGACUUUGUCGAGUACAAGCGUAUCCUGCACGACGCGUUGCUCAAAGCUGACGCAAUCUUCUGCUGUACGCCGUCGACGGAACCGCUCUUCCCGGCGGAAAUCCUCACGUCGCGCGACGGGCGGCGGAAAGGUCGGCUGAUCAGCGCGAUCGGCUCCUAUAAACCACACAUGACGGAACUGCCGCCCGAGUUGCUGCGCGACGAGGUUCAGGUGCAUCACUCGCACCGACAUUUCCACAAACAUAUCAAGCGGAGCGGAGUGGUAGUGGUGGAUAGCUUGGAUGCGGCGCUAAAGGAGGCGGGGGAGAUCGUGCAGGCGGGGAUCCGACCGCAUCAGGUGGUGGAGUUAGGCGAACUGCUGAUUGUGCGGGAGGCGUCGCGGGACGGCGACAGCGAGGACGGGAAGAGCCUUCGGGACUGGGUGGAGCGGGGGAAUGUCAUCUUCAAGAGCGUCGGCAUGGGUCUGAUGGAUCUGGUCACGGGCGGCGAUCUCGUGCGGUUGGCGCGCGAAACCGGGAUCGGGACCACCCUGGACGAGUUCUAAUAGUAACUUGGUCCACUCUUAUGCUUCUUUGUACUUAAUUGCGAUUUCGAUGCGGGCCCGGAUUGGUAGAUAAUUGCUGGUCGGUUAUUGUGUUGUACUUUUGAUAUCCCUAGUGAGUUGAAUGAGCGGAAGCAGGAUUAUUACAUGUUUUCAAUUUACCUCCAUGAUCAUUCCAAAUCAUAAGAAAGAGGGGAAUGACAAAUAGCUCAUGCCAAUUCAAUGCCUCGUUGCC